UUACCUUUACCUGAACAUAACCUUACCACUGCCUCUGUAAUCCUUACUGAUCGUCUUCUGGGGUGCGCAACUGGAGCCCAAAGGUAUCUUGACACGUAUCAGUUAUGUUGUGUUCAGCAUAUCCUCAACUUAUCCUGCGCCCUGACUCGAACUGCGGAGGGAAACACGACUUUCCAAAGCGGACAGACUUCCUGUAUUACUGUUACUAUGGAAACAGACCACGCACUGAAGGCUAACGUUUAAUAAGCUGUAGCUAACCUUGGUUUAGUUUAGGCUCCGUGGGACCUUUUUUGGUUGUUUCAUGUCUGAUUAGAGACACGUUUUCUACCCGCGGAGGCAAAAAUAUGUCGCAAAGGACAUACAACCAGCUGUGGGCAGAUGCCCAGUUAGAGCUGAGCUGUCUGCUAGCCGAAGAACUACCAGCUGAGCCCCCGCGCCCUGAAAAAGACAGAGUAGUUUUCUUCCAGCGUCUGGCCAUGCUUUUUGUGCGCUACAUCCAAAUCUUCAGACAGCUGGAGAAAGCCUAUGACCUGGUGGUCCACCCUCAGAAGAGAAGAUUUAUUCAUUCAGCUCUUGAAAGCGUGAUGGGAAGAGUGUUAGAGCUGAAAAAUGAAAUGGUGGAGAAAGAGUGUUCAGAGUACCACUACAUGGAUGAUGUGCUUCACGAUUUGAAGCUCAUACCUGCCGACCUCGAGAUCCCCAUCCCUCGCUAUUUUCACAGUGAACGCAGCAAAGAGGUGCAGCAAAGGAAGGCCAUGCUGACUGACAUCCUGAAAAUGGCGGAGGUCACCGAAACUCCUGAACCUGUAAUGACCAAGAAGAUGAGUCAAGAGGAGGCAGUGAAGAUUAUUCAAGUGGCAGAGCGGGCACGACAAGGACGUGAAAGGGCAAAGUUCAAUAUGAAAAACUUAAAUAUGAACACCAUAUACAGGAUCAAGGAACCUGGAGCAGAAAGUGCUGAAUCAGCUGCAGUCUGCAUCCAAAAGGUGUGGAAGGGCUACGUGCAAAGGAAGAGGACAAAAAUUGCCAGAGAGGAAGAGAUGAUUUUUCUGGGAAUGAAUAUGGAUCCAAAGUAUGAGGUGCCACGCCCUGCAGAAAUGACGGCCCAGGCCAUCGAGGCUUCCACACGAGUAAAACAGAUGGAGCACGAGGAAGCUUACCAAAAGGCCACAGUGGAUGUCAUGAACCAACUACGGGAUGUGGAAGGGGACGACAUGAGCAAAAGCAUGAAGGUGCAAAUUCAGCAGUGGUUCACUGAGUGCCGCAAUGCUACAGGAACAUUUCCAGACUACCCAGAUGAAGAAGAUGGAGGUUCUGCCCUCAUUUUUGCUGAAAAGACCCCUCAGCAGUUGUUGGAAGAAUUUGCUGCAAAAGAAGAAGAAGAGGCCAACGCCAAAGCUAAAGGAAAAGAAGAAAAGAAGGAAAAGGGGAAAAGUGACAAGAAGAGGGAAGACGAGGAGGUGGAGGAGGCGGGGCUGAAGAUGCUGCCCUCUGCAUUUCUGCUGGACCUCGAAGUUGAAAGUAAAAUCUACGCAGACUUUUGGCACAAUCGCAGCGAGUACGGAAACUUUAACCAAAUGCAUGACCCGGAGCUGAUCAAGGAAGAAAAGAGGAAAGUCAUUGAGGCGGAAAUUCGAGUGAAGGUCGAUGAGCAGAUGAGACACGAACUGGCUGAGUGGAAGCUGUCUGUGGAUAAAGACAAGGGCGGUAAGACGAAAGCAAACGCCAAGAAGAAGAAAGGCUCUAAGAGUGGAAAGAAGAAGAAAAAGGAAAAAGACCUGACGGCUGAUCGGACUCUGGAGUCUCUGUGUCAGGAGCUGGUGGAGCAGGGCUUACUGAAACACACACAUAACGUUCAGCUGCAGGAUUUCUUGGGUGACUAUAGCUACCUGGGGACCACGCUGAGGCAACAUGACAUUGAGCCCAUGCCGUCACUGUCAGAUGUGCGACAAGUCAUAUCUCUGUAUGCAGUUCUGCCGUUAGGCUCUCAGGUGGUACAUGAGAAGGCUCCUCUGAUAAAGUCAGUCCUGCUGGUCGGACCCACAGGUGUGGGUAAAAAGAUGCUGGUCCAUGCGGUUUGCCACGAGACGGGCGCCUGCCUGUUUGAUCUGUCUCCCCUGAACACAGCCGGAAAGUACCCAGGCAAGAGCGGGCUCGCCAUGAUGCUUCACGUGGUGUUUAAGGUUGCGAGGCUGAUGCAGCCUUCAGUAAUCUGGAUCGAAGACGCAGAGAAAAUGUUUUACAAGAAAAUCCCCAAGGAGGAAAAAGAGUUGGACCCUAAGCGGCUGAAGAAAGAUUUGCCCAAGUUCCUGAAACUGAUCAAAGGGGAGGAUCGUGUCCUGAUCAUAGGAACGACUCGAGACCCGCACAGUGCCGAGAUUAAGUCUCUGUGCAAAAUGUUCAGCAAAAUCCUCCUCAUCCCAAGACCUGACUACGGCUCAAGACGCAUCCUGUGGAAGCAACUCAUCAGAAAGCACGGAGGUGGAGUGACCGAGGCGUUGGACCUCAGUUCUCUGGCAAAGAUUUCUGACGGCUAUACUCCAGGUCACAUCGUCCAAGUGAUUCAGAGUGUUCUUACCAAACAUCGAGUCUUCCAGCAGGCAAAACGACCGCUGACUGCAGCUGAAUUUAUCGCCCCGUUAGCCCAGAUUGACCCCGUGUUCCAGGAGGAGGAGGAGGCCCUGAAGGGCUGGUAUGCAAAGACGCCCCUGGGAAAGAAAAGAAGUAAAGCUGCGUCAGGAAAGGAAGAAGAAGAACCACCUAAAGACAAAAAUACCAAGAAGAAAGGAAAAAAAUGAAUCUUUUUAUUUUCUGUCUUUUACUGAAGUGUGUGAGUUUUACCCUCAGUGAGGCUUACACUGUCCUGUGUCAGCACGACUAAAAGGAAUAAAACAUUCAUUACGGUGCAGUCACUGUGUUUUUGCAGUGAAGAGUUUGUCUUCUCUCUUGUGCAGGUGUUACCUGUAAAAAGAACGCAGUCAUUUUCAAAUCAUUAGCAUCCUACAUUUUAUUGAAUGCAGUAGUUUGAUGAUUUUCAAUUUUAUGUCAGUAAAAUGUUUCUAAAACGUCUUUUUUGCUACAGUGUUCCUUUCUUCUUAAUGCAGUCAGUAUGCACGUGGGAACGAGGACGCCCACUUCUGCAGUGUGUUGUUUUUUUCUGCGUUUCGCUCGCUUGGUGUCGGAUUUUAUCCUCUCAGCUUUGUCGUAUUUGUUUGUAUUGGGUGGAUGCCAGGCCGGGACUGUGGGCACCUCUGUUAUGAACUCGACCUUAAAAAUGGCCUUCCAUAAAAAGAAGAAGAUCUAGACGCAGUUUCUUCAUCCUUACUUCUGAAUGACCUGGCCUCUCUGAGGUGCAGUUUGUAUAUAUAUGUAUAUCUCAGCUUUAAAUAUGUAAAUAUGACCAUUGAUCUGUUAAACUGGUGGACAGACUCCUGUGGCUGUCAGACUGAAGGCUAAGCUGUUAUUAGAGGCCAAGGCGGCUCAGUCAAGGACAUUUAAUGUUCAGGCUGUGGCUUCCUGGCUGUAGCGUUUAGUUAUGAAGGUUAAGGAUAUCCUCUUUUUUUUUUAGGUGUCACACACAAAGCCAGAGUAAAAUUUAUUUUCAGGCCACCUAGAUGACUACAAUAGCCACAUUUUACAUAAUCACAGCGUGCUGCAGAGUCCUACAGUGUGUUCUUUGUUAUUGCCUCUGUCUGGUGCAGAGAGUCAGGCUCAGAAGAAAUGCCAAACACACGAGGGGGAGUGUUUCCAACAUGAUCCAGAGGCUUAGUUGGAGCGUUCAGCUGUUUCGUCAAGUUCUAAAUUCCCUCAGCAGAUCUUCACAUUGACUUGGUUCCUUUACCGUGACUCUAUUUUUAGAGUUUGUGCACAAAGAUCCACAUUUCAUCAUGCAAAGCUCGUCUGUUGGACAUCUUCACAGGAUCAAGACAUCAGAGGCUGCUCGUCUUCCAUCUUCAGGAACAGUGACAGCCUUCGAGAAAAACAUAGUCAGAAAUACAACGAAAUGUUUUAUGUUCCUACACUGACUCGAUAUUUUACCUGUUAAACAUUGUAAUA